GCAAGUCGCUCCUCUCAAACACACGUGGAGCGUGGGCAAAACUCAAGUUAUUAUUGGUGUUCCAUUGUGGUUGUGGAUUUUACGUUCAAUUUAUAAAAGAAUCAACCCUUUGAAAAGCUCGAUACAAGAUUCCGUUUUUUUAAUGGGUGAUUUGUGCAAUAUGAGUGGAAGCACGACGAUCCAAAAACUGAUCAGCAGAAGUUGGAGCUCAGGAGAUCGCUUGCAGUUCAUACGAGAAAUGGAGCUGCGCAUGUGCAAGAGUAUGGUGGUGUUUGAGACCGAAGUGUUAGACGGUAGCUACACACUUAAAAUGAAAUUCAAUGACAAUGGCUCGCGGUUGGUGCGGGUCCAGGACGGCUUGCUUGAGGUUUUGGACCCGCGGACUCGCCGAGUCGUCCACACCCUGCCACGGAUCAGAUUAAAAGUGUAUGGACAAAUGUUCGAAUUCACGGACGUCGAUCACGAGCUGAUCCUCGAUUGCUGCGGCAGGGAAAUAAACACCCCAGAGUUACAGCUCUGGGAUAUGAGGUUUUCGUCAUCACAUGUCGGCAGGAUUCGUUUCUGUGAUGCGACGAUUGAGCAAUAUGUAUACUCCAAGAAGGAGAGGGCCCUCCUGUCCAAUAUAUAUGAUUUUAAAUACAACCAGAAACGAAAAAUAUUGCUGUAUGACAAAUCAAGCUUCUCGACGUCGGGGGAAGCGACGCCUGUGAGUUCCUUCUGUGAUACGUGGGGACAAAAUUUACGAACUACUUGGUUCGGCCUGGCACCGGACGACAGCUGCCUUGUGUUCCGACCUACUCUCAGGACUUUCCUUGCUGUGCACAAUCUUUCCUUCGCGACCUUGCACGACGCUCUCAAACAGUUUGAUGGUGUGCAACUGAAGAUCAAGAAAGCCAGUGGUCCGAUCACCGGUAGUUCAGGAGAUAAAAACGAACUCACUCACAUGGUACACGAUUCUUUUCAGAGGAGAAGGUUCAAAAUCUGUUCCGGAGGAAAAUUCAUCGCAGUUGUUCCUAAGGACACUGACUCGUUUUUUAGGGUCUACAGCUUUGAUCACAACGUCCCGACCAAUACAUUUUGCCAAAACCCACCGACUCUGACGAGCACAGCGCAAUUUAUUGCAUCCGCUGACCGAUAUCCCCAACGGGAUUCUCUUCUGCUCAGUGCAAGCGGCGAAAUCGCCAUUGCCUACGAUGCCUCGGAACCAUGCACCAGCUUUUACCAUUUGCGAGCGCCAGUACCAUCCAAACUUCCAAUAGAUUUAGAACCUUUCUAUAGUUUAAAGAGUGAGAGACCUGUGAAGUCGAUGGCUUUGACUCAAGCGUUAGAUAUCUUUGUGACCGCUCAGUACUAUGGCCCAGUGGUAUGGCACAAUCCUAGGCUUUGAAUCAAAUGCAUCACAGAAUUUAAAAAAAUAGAACAAUUACCUCUUUCCUUACCUUUCUACUCAAUUGAUUUGGUUUUUGAUAAACAUUGAUUGGCUAUCAGUUGACCUUCAAUAGCCAUGACUUAAUUUAGGAAGAGUGAAGACCAACGAGCAAGGGCCUUAGUUGGGAGGUUAAGUCGUUAUGUCAGCAGAAUUCUCAUUAUUUAUCACCUGUCUCUCUCGUAGACGUUUAUUCUUGACUUCCAGUGCGAGAUAGUCUAUUAGCUGGAGCGCUGGUAAGCCAUUAGGCCAUUUGUCUAAAGUAAUUAACUUAAAAACUAGCGGUCUCGAGCUACCUGAACCAAGCGGAGUCAUGGAAACAAAAAGUAAACUGUUUUUGAUCCUCUUACAAUAUU